GCCAAGUGGAGGAUAGAGAUACGCGCCGCGUCUAACAAUAGUCCCUGCGAUUACAUUUUGGCACAACACGCGCACGCCGCCAUGACGACGACCCCGGCACAUUCAGUAGCUUCUGUGGCCCCAUCGGAUUCUGGGAAAUGCAGCCAAGGCAAGGACAAGGAUAGCCCGCGUCUCAUGUGCGAGUACUGUGGCCAUAGGACACGACUCUUGUGGAAUCUCCAUGUCCAUCAGCGGCGUCACACCGGCGACUUGCCCUUCACCUGCCAAACCUGUCAGGCGCGCUUUGCGGCCCGCUAUCAGCUCACCACGCAUCUGGAGCGGCAUGUAGAUGCCGCAGAGCGGCGUCUACGGCACUUUUGCACUGUCUGCAAUGUGGGCUUCUCCAGCUAUCGGGCGUUGUACCACCAUCGGCCGCUGCAUGAGGAGGAGAAGCGGUACAAGUGCCAGCAGUGCGACAAGCAAUUCGCCCAGGCAGCGGGCUAUGCCCAACACAAGCGGUGGCACCGCCAGCGGAUACAGCGGGUGGCCAAGGAUCUGACCAUGGAGUCGACGGAGAAUACUGCGAAUUUGGUGACUGCUGGUCAAGAUCAACAUAUGCCUAGUCUGGACUGACUCAAGGAAGCGCUUAUUCAUUAAAUUCACAA